AAAAAAAAAUACCCGAAAAAAAGGGGGCCGUGAAAACGAAUAGCGGUGACGUUACAUCAUGAAGUGUGCUGUGUUGUCACCAGCUGUUGUCUGAAGACGAAGGAAAAGUCGAUGUGUCGAUUGAUUGUGAGCCGACACGAGCCGACCGGCAGCGCUUAGCAGCACGUCUGGAGCCGAGAGAUGGUACCGGAUGACUGAUGGAAACACCGGAGCCUCGCCAGUCUCCGGUGAUAGUACCCGUUACAUAACUGAAGGCAUCGAUAAGACAAAAACUGUGAUAACGGACUAAUACAGGUCAGAGUUGAAGCCAUUUUUCUCUGCCGCUUCUUUCUGUUUAUCUUACAGCAGACAGACCGUCACGCCAGCCGACGUUCAAAGUAAGCCCGUUUCCACGUCGUGCUUUGAAGUGGCAAGACCGCCGUCAUGAACGUGGGCACGGCGCACAGCGAGGUGAACCCCAACACCCGAGUGAUGAACAGCAGAGGGAUGUGGCUGUCUUACAUCCUGGGCAUCGGCCUCCUGCACGUCAUCCUGCUCAGCAUUCCCUUUGCCAGCGUGCCCGUGGUCUGGACCCUCACCAACCUCAUUCACAAUCUGUGCAUGUACCUCCUACUUCACACGGUCAAAGGGACGCCCUUCGAGACCCCAGAUCAGGGCAAGGCUCGUCUGCUUACACACUGGGAGCAAAUGGACUAUGGUGUGCAGUUCACUGCUUCACGCAAGUUCCUCACCAUCACGCCCAUUGUUCUGUAUAUACUAACCAGCUUCUAUACCAAAUACGACCGGGUCCAUUUUGUGGUCAACACCGUUUCCCUGCUCACUGUACUCAUCCCCAAGCUGCCCCAGCUGCACGGUGUGAGGAUCUUUGGGAUUAAUAAGUACUGACAAGGCGGAAGAGGACACGUCCUUCCUUUAGAAGUCCCCGUAGACUGCUGAGAGCAGUAUCAGGCCUCUGAUUUGGCUGCAGAGCCACAAAGAUCCGCCGCUCUCUGGCUCUAGUCUCUGCUGAGCAGCACUCUAAAUGAGGCCUGCUGGGGAUACUGCCAUGGUACCAAACCCCAGGUUUACAGAGCACACAAAGGGAAAGUGUGCUGCUGUGAAUGUUUGUGGCCUAUCUCCUUUGAGACACUUAAAAGGGAGUAUUAUGAUGAUGUCCAUUUCUGCAGCAAUGACAAUUGUGUGAUGUGACAGGUGUCAGGGGAAGAGGACAAUGUGUUUGCACAAAUAUCUCCAAAAUCUCAUGUGCCGUUUUACACCCACUGGCACACUGAGGCCGUCGUCGAAAGUUAUUUUGUACGUAAUGAUACACUGCUGUAUUUAGUCAGCUGCUUCCUCUUUCUCGAGGUUCCUGGGCAGAGAGUAGAGUAACAAUACUUUAAUAAUAUGGUAAGGGACCUGGGAGCUGCUGCAGAGGCGAGACACGACAAACCACACACGCUUUUAUAUUUAGCCCUCGCCGUUCCACUCAGGGCCAAGAUUGGGAAGUUAAGCAACUCUUAUUUUUAUCUGACCAUUUCCAUAUUUGGACUCCUCUUGUCCUGGUUUGUGUCACAGAAAGCUUCCUGUCUGCAGAGUUGUCAGGCCUGUGUGCACAAAGUAUGCGCAAGCGCACUCUACUGAUUCAACAUACAUGCAAGUCCUGCAAUAUGAGUUAAAAGAGAAGUAUUUCUAUUAAUAGUUACAUUCUGGGGACUCAUGCCUGUCACUAGAAGUACUUAGGAAUUAGCAUAAGCCUCAGUUUAGAGGCACAUUACACACUGAGUUAUUAGUUUAUUAGGUAAGCCUGUGCAAUCUAAUUCAAUCCAAUAUAGUAGCCUUGCAGUAAAUCCUGAAAUACUCAAAGGUGUUUCUAAUGUUUUGUUCACCCCCCACUCCCCCAUUCCCACUCCCCAAUCACUUAUGAAAGGGGCAGAAUAUUAGAAAGAUUUGAUCCAAAUCCAGAUCUUUCAAGAACAUCAAGUUCUCUCUCUUCAGCCUGUCAAAAUCCUUUUUAGCGUCCAAGGAAAUAAGUUAUUCUGUAGUAUGUAAGUGCUAAAGGGAUUCUGGGUUAUGUUACAAAGCUGCUUCGUAUUCGAGCAAAUAUGUUACUGUUCAUUUCAGAUGUUUAGGGAACUUUUUUGUUUUACAUAUUGCCAGUCUAAUGCAUGUGUAUGAUCUUUUCUUUUUUUUUUAAGCAGUGGAAGGCAGAAAUGUCCAUGAACCAUUUCACCAUGGCAGUUGAUGUGAAGUAGUAAGUAGUUAUGAUAUCACAUUUUAGGGAAACCACAAUUAGAUUUAGUAAUGAUAAGCCAAAAAAUGUAUAGUCAUUGAAUGAAUGUGAUAACGGUUAAGAAUACUUUAGUGUCUCCCAUGGGAGAAAAUUGUCUGUGUUGAGAAAGGGCGAUUGCUGCAUCAAGACCUGACAUCAUAAUAAUACGCAUUAAAUAAGAACAUGUGCAAACAUCAGCCUGAGAUGAAACAACCAGCCAACUAAUCACAAGCCAUUCACUCUUUUAGGAGCUACAGAAAUUCAAGGCAUACAUCUCAAAACAUACACACUUUAGUAGAUAUGUUGUGAGAUGUACACCUUGAAUUUCUGUAGCUCCUAACCGAGUGAAUGGCUUGUAAAUACAGUAUGUGGCUGGCUUUACCUCAGGCUGAUGUUUGCAUGUGUUCCUAUGUGUUUUAUUAUUAAAAACAAAAUCAACACAAACUGUGUUAAUUCUACACGAUAAUGGCACGAUAAUUAUGUUUUAGACACUAUGCUGCAAUAAGAGGCAAAAAGUCAUGUUUGUACUCUUUCACUAAGCGUUAUGAUACCAAACACAGUACAGUGUUGUCAAACUGAGAGACUGCUUUUAAAGACAAAUCUGAAGAUUCAAUAUUUUCUAUCCUAAAUUGAAAAAGAAUGAAAUAAUUUACCAUAUUUAAAAAAAAAAUAAUA